AUGCAAUCUGAGUUUGCUUUAUUGAAACAACGGGUCAUUGAUCUUGAGGCUGAGAAUGCGAAGCUAAAACAGAUUAUUGAAGAAAAUGCUAAACGCGAAGCUGAGAAUGUUAACCUUAAGGUGGAGCUAGAAAAAAAUAAAAAAGAUAUCACCUAUCUCUCAGCUGAAAAUUCUGAGCUUAAAAUCAAAGUAGCAAAAUUAAGCUGUGAUUUCGAGAAAAUAAAAUCAAAGGGAAUUAUCACUGAUUCUCCAGAGCAAUUGCCAAUUUCCGAGAAAAAGACAGUAAGUGUUUCUACCGAAAUGGAAAAUUCUAACGUCACUCCCGAACAAAUAGACUUACAAACUGGGGGUGUUUCGACAUCAGAUAUGUCCGAUGACACUUCAAAUUCUGAUGAUAUUCCCACAAAAGUAAUUUCGCCACUUAAUGGGAGUCAACCUGAUAAGGAGGAAGCUAUUACUCCCGACCCUAUGCCUGAAAUAGAACAUAGUUUAACCCAGGUCCAAAAAGCUGAAUCAUCUACAACCUCUUUGCCACAAAAUAUUAUCGAUGUCGAUACGGCCGAGACCCUUGAUUUUGUAGAAAUGAAACAUAAAGAACGUGUUAGUAAAGAGAUAAUGGAGAGAAUCAGGGAAAAGAAACUUCGAGAUCAAAACUCAUCUUUGGAUAGUACUUCAUCGGAACCAUCCUACGAAAAUCAAAAUCUGGAAUCAUCUAUAAUAUCGCAAUCUAUCUCUAAUAGUUCUGAGUUAUCUUUGGAUAAUAAUUCAUCAAAUCAAUCUAAUUCAUCAUGUGGUUCUGAGUCCAAAUCGCCUACUAAUCUAUCGCCUAAUCAGAAAAUUCCUUAUAAUCAAAAAGUAGAACGAGGUUUAAGACUCGAGCUAUUUAUUUGCACCAAAGAUAAUAACCACAAGAUUAGUAAAGUAUUUGAUAUUCAGAUUCCUGAAUUCUCUUUAGAAGCGAUUUUAUCAGGAUCUAGUAAUGUUACGUCACAAAAUAUAGUUGAUCUAUUUAGGGUAGCAAUGAAGAUUCGACAAAAGGAAAGUUUGUGCUGGUAUUGUUAUUACAAAGCAUACGAAAACCGAGUCAAUGAUGUUAAGACUGCAAAUAAUAUUGAUGACCAAUUGGCAAGAACGAUAGUGUAUAAUGAAAUAAAAUCGCUCCUUCCUAAUAUCACUGAUGUAAACUUGCGUAAAAUAACUUCCAGAGCAAAAAAAGUAUAUAUAUUAUAUGAAGGAAUAGGAAUUGAUAAAAUUAGUCAAAUAACUUACAGCGCAAGUGCUAUUUCAAGUUUAAAGAAUAAUCAAAUUCAAAAUAUUAUAAAUGAUUUUCCCAAGACAACUGAUAUGAGUUGCCAAAAAGUGAUCGGUGUGACAAAUUGUCACGCGUAUAUGUCAGAUCUAUCUAGCUCAAACGAUUCAUCAGCAGAGUUGGUACUGUCAAAAUUACCAGAAAUUGAGGUAAGUGAGGAGGCCAAGAAAACUCUACUGGAAACUGAGGCAAUCCAUGACCAUACUUACUUUCGUAAUAAGAUAUUGUGGAGAUAUUCUGAUCUAUAUAAAGAAUUUAGUAGUGAAAAAUUUGAUUAUUAUGAAAUUCAUGAGGGGUUCUUAUGUCUAGUAUACAAGCACAGUUACGAGGAAGAAAAAAGUAUAAAGGGUAGAUACGAAGCUGGAUCUUAUUUUAUUAAAUGUGGAAAGCAUGAAAUCAAGAUAACAGCAUAA